CGUCAGAUCCGUCGGAUGGAUCCGCCGCCGCCCGCGGCGAGCCCGCCCUCGCCGCCCCCGGACGGCCCCGCAGCCCCGGGCGCCCCUGCCACCGCCGGCGCCGCGUCGUGCAAGGGAGCUCCCGUCACAGACACUGCUGACAGUACACAAGCUGAUGCUCAAGGAGGCCUACAUCACGCAGCUAUUAGCAAUCCGGAGAAUGGCAACGAAGCCGCUAUUUCAACUCAAGGUGAUUCACCCCGGAAUUCAGAAGCACAUUUGGGUGAUAAUUCAGUGCAGACUACGUCCAAGCAGUCAGUAAACUCGGAUGGGACAAGGAAGAGGAAUUUUCAGCCUGGAAAUAAAGAGUCAGUACAUGUUCCUAGUGCUGGCAGCAAAUCUCAUGCUCGUGAGAUUUCUGUAGUAGAAACCAAAGAUGCAAGGAGCAAGUUCUUAAAGAAAUCCGAUAAUGAAGAUCCAGCAUGCAAAGACGGGAAGAAUGCCGACUUGGCAGGGAUCUCGGAAGAAUUGAAGGAAAACAAUAACAGAUCUUCUCUUAACUCUAGCAGCUUGAAGGAUGAGAAGAGGCAAAAGAAUAGAAGUAGAGGAAAAGAGAACAGUAGUCAUGUUCAUGACACAAGCACUUCACAGCAUCUUUCUUUGCCAACUAGCACUGGUACCUCCGGUUUGACGUCGAUGGUUACUGAGAACCACACAGAAGCUCCUAAAUGCACGGGUUUGAGGCUAGAGAAAAAUCCAGAUGAGGUAUCCCUGACAAACUCAUUCACAGUAGUUAAUGCAGAGAUCACAGAUGGGGGAAAUUUGAAUGUAGACAGUACCAUUCAAAAGAACCGUGAUGAAGUUCUGCCUGGUUCACUUAAAGAGAAAGAAACUGAGAAUGUUGCAACAUCCUUGGGUUCAUGCGUGCUUGACUCCAGCCAACUGGCAAGCAGGAAUGUGUCUCUGAUGCCACUUCAAACAGUUAUAGUUGAUGCAGAUGUGAAGACCGACUGCUUACAUUCAUCAACUGAAGAAAAAGUUUAUCAGAAUGCAGUUAGUGAAGAUGUUACCAUACCUUCUGGUCUUGUUUCCCAGCCUAACAUCUCAGAAGAGCGCAAGAAUUUUGGGUCUGGUAAGCAUACGAGAGAAGCUAUUCUUCGUACGUCAUUUAAUAGUGCUGGAAUAGAAAAGGUCUUACCAUCUGAAAAUCAGAAGAACCAGUCGUAUCCAUUCAAUGAAGGUGCGAACUUCUUUCAGACAGGAAACACAGACCCUAACUUCAGGGCAGAUGUUCAUCACCGUAGGAACAUCUAUGUAUCAGGAGGCAUAGGGAAUUCAGAGUAUGAAUUUCAGAGGAACCAGUCACAUCCAUUCAGUGAAGGUGGAAACUUCUUUCAGCUAGGAAGGGCAGACCCUAACUUACGGGCAGGUGUUCAUCAUAGUAUGGACAUGUAUGGAUUAGGAGGCAUGGGGAAUUCAGAGUAUAGGUUUCAGAGGAACCGGUCACAUCCAUUCAGUGAAGGUGCAAAUUUCUUUCAGCUAAGAAGGGCAGACCCUAACUUAAGGGCAGGUGUUCAUCAUAGUAUGGACAUGUAUGGAUCAGGAGGCAUCGGGAAUUCAGAGUAUAGGUUGCAGAGGAACCGGUUGUAUCCAUUUGAUGAAGGUGCAAACUUCUUUCAGCUUGGAAGGACAGACCCUAACUUUAGGGCAGGUGCUCAUCACAAUAUGAACAUCUAUGGAUCAGGCGCCAUGGGGAAUUCAGAGCAUGGAUUUCAGAGGAACCAGUCGUAUCCAUUCAGUGAAGGUGCAAACUUCUUUCAGCUAGGAAGGGCAGACCCUAACUUUAGGGCAGGUGUUCAUCAUAAUAUGAACAUCCAUGGAUCAGGCGCCAUGAGGAAUUCAGAACAUGGAUUUCAGAGGAACCAGUCGUAUCCAUUCGAUGAGGGCGCAAACUUCUUUCAGUCAGGAAGGGCAGACCCUAACUUCAGGGCAGGUGUUCAUCACUAUAUGAAUAUCUAUGGAUCAGGCUCCAUGGGGAAUUCAGAACAUGGAUUUCAGAUGAACCACUCGUAUCCAUGCGAUGAAGGUGCAAACUUCUUUCAGCGAGGAAGGGCAGACCCUAACUUUAGGGCAGGUGUUCAUCAUAGUAUGAACAUCUAUGAAUCAAGGACCAUGGGGAGUUCAGAUCAUGGAUUUCAGAGGAACCAGUCGUAUCUAUUCAAUGAAGAUGCAAACUUCUUUGAGCUAGGAAGGGCAAUUCCUAACUUUAGGGAAGGUGUUCAUCAUAGUAUGAACAUGUAUGGAUCAGACGCCAAUGAGAAUUUAGAGCAUGGAUUUGGAAGAAGUUAUUUGGAUCAUACCAGUACUGAAAGAAAUGAAAUGCAGGAGAAAGAACGAACUUGCUUAUCAACAAAACACAACAAUGACCGGAUAAGCCCUUCAAGUUUAGCUCAGGCAUACAGCGAAAAGCUUAGAAUGUCCUUCCCGCCAAGAGAUUCCUUGAUAGGGAUUCGGAAGAAAAAGCUUCUUAUUCUAGAUCUCAAUGGCCUGCUUGCGGAUAUCAAUGAAGAUUUCCACAAUGCUCACAUGGCUGAUGCAAAAGUUCGAAGGAAACUAGUCUUCCGAAGGCCUUACUGUGAUGAUUUUCUCAACUUCUGCAUAAAAAAUUUCGAGCUAGGUGUAUGGUCCUCAAGGAAACGGAAAAAUGUUGAUUCUGUUGUUGACAUCCUCAUGAGUGAUUUCAAACCAUACCUACUGUUUUCUUGGGCCAGGGAUAAAUGCACAAUGACUGGACGUAACACACUGGAGAACGUGCACAAACCAAUAGUACUGAAGGAAUUGAGGAAACUGUGGAAUAAGGAAGAACCUGGUCUUCCUUGGAAGGAGGGAGAAUUUUCACCUUCCAAUACAUUACUUGUGGACGAUUCUCCUUACAAGGCUCUGCGCAAUCCGCCACACACUGCCAUUUUUCCUCAACCGUUCAGCUAUCUUAACCAGAACGACAAUUCAUUGGGUCCUGAUGGAGAUCUUCGCAUGUAUCUGGAGAAACUCGUUUUUGCAGAUGAUGUUGAGUGCUACGUUGGCAAUAAUCCAUUUGGUCAACCUUUUAUUACACAGAGUGAUCCAAAUUGGAACUUCUAUGCUGAAAUAGCUGGUAAAGAGUAUGGUGCAUUAACUUGUGCCUGAACGUCCCAAUAUCUAGUGAGGCGGACUAGUAGACUGAUCUUGUGUUGAUUCUUCAGACAUGAGGGGAAGUUGUCGCAUGUUUGUUGUAUACCUGACCUCCAAACUAAUUUUACCGUGGAUUUUUGGGCACCAACAGUUAUAACUUGUACGGAUGUGAAUAUGAAUGAAUUUUGUACCGGUGACUCGAA